ACCAACAGCAUUCAAAAUUUCAACGGCGCUUAUGAUCCUUGAUAUCUCUUCUAUUCAGAAUAAAUAUGUUUAGGGAAUGUCCCUUUUCUUUUCCCGCGCUGACACCUUUCUCAUCAGACUCCCCUCGAUCUCUAGAAUCCUCCGCCAGGACGAAGCGUCCGCUUGAAACAAUCCAACAAGGCUCCUCUGCAACGUGACCUCCGCAUUGCUUGACUUCUAGCGGGGUGCAUUUUGCAUUGAUCUGCAUUUGUUUAUUCGAGCGUUACGUUCUUCUACUUUUUGCGAAUUUGCUUUCUAUUUCUUUAUCUAUUCAAAGGCUGCUAUUUAAUAAGCCACUUGAUUGGGAUGUCGACCCCAACACCUUCCACGCCUAAGGGGCCGCGAAAUACGAAGAAACACUCUAAAAGAAUUGCCACCCCUAUUUCUCAUUCGAAUACCCUCACGAACGGCCUGUCAUCUGUGGUAGGAAAGGGAACCCCUCCCUACUUCAGUCCAUCCGCCCAACACAACGAUUCGAACUUUGCAUACGACUCUUCAAAUACUCUAUCGGAAGGUGGAUCACGAAGCAAGAAAGCACGGCCAACGAAAAAACAUUGGGAUCCAUCGAAACCGUCAAAUGGCAGCGGGAAUACCGGUCAUCGACACACAUCCUCGCAACCCUCAGUGAAGUCUCCGUUGGCACUUCGGGGCAGUCCACACUAUGCCGGGCCGACAUUUCAUGCCUCCCCCGCGCCAUCUGCCUUGCCGGUACCCUCCUUUGUAUCGAAAUCCGUUCCUGAGGCUGAUUCGCCCCUCCAAACUCAAAAAGUCCAUGACUCUGACGAUGGAGACUCUUCGCCCACACAAGCCAGAACACUUCCUUUGCUUCAAGAAGAAGACAAAAAUACGUCUUCGCCUCUUGAGUUCCUUUUCAGGGCUGCUCGGGAAGCGAAUAACGUAAACGGCACAAAGGAACGUGGUCGCACGUCCGGAUCCACAACUCCACUGCAAGAAGAUGUCAAAAAAUUUGAAAUACCUCAAGAAUCCGAGCCCGUCUCGGGUGCAGUUUUCCCUCUUGAGAUGGAUGCUUCUGAGAGUAGAGUUAAAACCCCCGACAGCAAAAUGAUGGCGAUCGGUCCGUCCUUUGCUCCUUCCUACAGAGAACGGAUUAAUGCUCUUCGAUCUGCGAGUUCUCCAUCGAGUCCAGCGGAUACUACUACAUUAAACGAAGAAGAAAGAAAAGCGAAGGCAGAAGCGUUGAAAAAUUUGCUCUUAAACCCUACCCCUCAACGUUCUGCCUCGUCGUCGCUCGGACCUCGCCAUAAUUCUGGUCUUUUUAGCCCACAAUCCACCACUGCAAGGCCAAACCACUGCCGUAUAUCACAGCAACCAUCUAGCAUGACAACCCCUGUGUCAUCCGAACAGAACACGGCCAAGGUAAAUGCUGGUGAUAAAAGCAGCAGCAUUCCUUACCAAUACUUGACCUCCGUUUGCAAUGGAGCCCACAAGUUCCCCAACCAAUCCUCUAAUACUCAAAAAGAGAUGUUUCCUGUCAAUCAACACAACCCUACCUUCCAAAUGUCACGAAAUCAUUCUGCCCACACUUACUCGGGGCAUUCGACCUUCCAUGGAAAUUAUGUUUCGCCUACGCCCAACCGGACCGUGCCUUCACUAGUCUCCGGGGGGCAGCCUGCUCAAGGGGUUUCUACGCGGUUAGAUCCGCUGGAAACGAAGAGAAUGGAAGACGACCUCCGACGCAUUUUGAAGCUUAAUGUCAACGACACACAUAAUGUUAAAGGCAUGAGACAGACCAUGGCGUGAGGUAUUGCAUGGACCCAAUCUUCGUUAUAAUCACACAGACAUUCUUCUCCUUGUUUAUUUUCAUUUUGAGUCUUGUGUUAUUUUAUAUCUGACCAUGAUACGAGAGUGCGAAUAUUUAUAUUGUUUCCAUUAUGUACUGGAUUGAGUUCACCGGUUGUUUAUCUCAAUCAGCUUUUGGAAGGGAAUCGAUUGAUUCCUUGGGAUUUACUGGCACCUAUUUGUCUGCCGGUGCUUCCUUUAUGUUGAUGAGUGUUUAUUUCAAUGAACAGAGCAGGCUGUGGGGGAGAGGAACGGAUGGUUUUGUUUUGGCAUCAGGGCAUUUCGACGCUGUUUGUCCCUCUCUUUUACAUGUUUUAAGCAUGGCGUCAGGUCGGGUUCGUUGACGAUAUCCGUUCUAAAAUAGAACUGUGAAAUGGUGGGAGCGGAGUUGUGUAUAUGGACGUGGGAUAUUCUCGGGCACUUGGUGUGAUUUUCUUCCUUUCUUUUUUUCCCCUUUUUCUGGAGUCACAGAUGGGUUUCUCCCUCGAUUACGACUGAUAUGGCUUUGGCAUUACCGUUUGGUUUCACCCUUGGGCUUUUGCCGUCUAAUUUCUAAACCCUUGCACCCGCUGGAUGGGUUAUACUUUGUGAUGGAUGGACUUUUAAACACCUCACACAAUUCUCGACCGUCAUCCCCCUUUUCCAUUUCGUCAUGCCUUUGGCCCCAUCGCAAUCAACUCCCCUGAUAUACGGCUUCUGCCCUUUUUUAUUUUACUUUAUUUUAUUUUAUUUUUACAUACCUCUCCGAUUCGCCCACGACCCGCCAUGUUACCUUAAAGUCGUUCUUUUUGUUCCUCUUGAUAUCAUUUCAUUUAUGCCUAUCGUUUAUUCUUCCCUGCCUCGUCUGUUGGUUCUCACCUAGAUACCCUCUUUUCAGGCCGUGUUUAUAGCCACGACAUUCAUUUUGGGCUUCAGUAUAAAUAUAAAACACGUUCACUACCUUUACUCUAUACUAAGUUUUCCGUAUUUUGUUGCUUUGGUGUUUCAUGUGAUGCUUGGGCGCAAUUUGGCGGACCGGUUCACCCUGCAGGUGUUUCAUGAAGAGCACCAGCCGGCGGAAGAGAGCGAAAU